CAACUAUUACCCAAAGAAAUUUCCAAUAUUUAUAUAAAAGCAUAACCAAUAAUUAUUCUCUGAUUAUGUCAAUAUAAAUGAUUCGUAUUUUUGGUUCGCCAUCACAGAUUUGAAUGAAAAGUUGUGAAAAUGACUGUAAUAAAUAAGAUGGAUAUCGAUGGUGGACCAAAAGGAGAAGGUUUCCGUUCAUACUAUAUAACCAAAAUUGAAGAACUCCAGCUAAUUGUUGCUGAAAAGAGUCAGAAUCUUAGACGUUUACAAGCACAAAGAAACGAGUUAAAUGCGAAAGUCCGUAUGCUGCGUGAGGAACUUAUGCUCCUACAGGAACAGGGAAGCUAUGUUGGUGAAGUUGUUAAACCAAUGGACAAGAAAAAGGUUCUGGUCAAAGUCCAUCCAGAAGGAAAAUUUGUUGUUGAUAUUGACAAAAAUAUUGAUAUAAAUGAUGUUACUCCUAACUGUCGAGUUGCAUUGAGAAAUGAAAGCUAUACAUUACACAAAAUCCUUCCCAAUAAAGUUGAUCCAUUAGUGUCAUUGAUGAUGGUUGAAAAAGUUCCAGACUCAACAUAUGAAAUGGUUGGCGGACUUGAUAAACAAAUCAAGGAAAUUAAGGAGGUGAUAGAACUUCCAGUUAAACAUCCAGAGUUAUUUGAUGCAUUGGGCAUUGCCCAACCAAAAGGAGUACUUUUGUAUGGACCUCCAGGUACAGGAAAGACCUUAUUAGCUCGUGCUGUUGCUCAUCAUACGGAAUGUACAUUUAUUAGAGUGUCUGGUUCAGAACUUGUACAAAAAUUUAUUGGCGAAGGUUCCCGCAUGGUAAGAGAAUUAUUUGUUAUGGCUCGGGAACAUGCUCCUUCUAUUAUCUUUAUGGAUGAAAUUGAUUCCAUUGGAUCUUCACGUAUUGAAUCAGGUUCUGGAGGUGAUUCUGAAGUUCAAAGAACUAUGUUAGAAUUGCUUAACCAACUUGAUGGUUUUGAGGCAACUAAAAAUAUCAAGGUGAUUAUGGCUACUAACCGUAUAGACAUUUUGGACCCUGCUUUGCUUAGACCUGGUCGUAUUGAUCGUAAAAUAGAGUUUCCCCCACCGAAUGAGGAGGCUCGACUUGAUAUUUUGAAGAUUCAUUCUAGGAAAAUGAAUCUUACGAGAGGUAUUAAUCUCAGGAAAAUUGCAGAACUCAUGCCCGGCGCCAGUGGAGCUGAAGUCAAGGGUGUAUGCACUGAAGCUGGAAUGUAUGCUCUCAGAGAGAGACGGGUUCAUGUAACACAGGAAGAUUUUGAGAUGGCCGUAGCAAAGGUAAUGCAGAAGGAUUCUGAGAAAAACAUGUCCAUCAAGAAAUUAUGGAAAUAAUUAUCAAUAUGUAAAUUAACAGUAAGAGGUAUCAUUAAAUGUCUGAUUUAAA